AUGAGUUAGAGAUUGAACAGCAUUAUUAGGCAAUUCUCAGUCAAACCUGCAUAAAUAAAGUAAAUAGCUAAGAGGGUAUUUCUUUAUUUUGGAUGCCUUUUCUUAGUCGUCAAUGUAUUGGAGUGGAAAAUACUUUAUCUUCCUAGCGUUGAUGGAUAAUUCUCUCACAAUAACUACCCUUAUUUUAAAUCACCCUAAGAAAGAAAUUUACCUUUCGAAGAUAUAGAAAUCUAACAUGAUGGUGUUGAAUUGAAAGGAUGGUUUAUAAAAUAAUAAAAUUUUCAGACAGCUCCAACAGUAGUAUUCUUCCAUGAGAACGCUGGAAACAUUGGAUGGAGGUUGGAAUACGCUCAUUAAUAUUAUGAUCGAGUAAAAUGCAAUUUUGUUAUUGUUGCAUAUAGAGGUUACACUUAUAGCACUGGCACUCCACACUAAAAUGGCAUUCAAAAAGAUGCUAAUGCUAUUACUAAUUAUGUUUUUAACAAUUUAAAGAUUGAUAAAUCUAAUGUUUUUGCACAUGGAAGAAGUCUCGGAGGAGCUGUUGCUACUUAUGCCUUUCAUCAAAGAUAAGAAAAUGCUAAGCAAACAGGAGAGAUGUAAUAUAAAGGUUUGAUUAUUGAAAACUCAUUCACUCAAAUCGCAGAUGUGGUUUCAAAUAUGAAUAGCCUUUUUAAAAUUUUAAGUCCUUUUAUUAUGUUUAAUACAUGGAAGACAAUUGAUCUUGUGCCAAAGAUUUAAAACCCAAUCUUAUUCAUUUCAUCUGGCCAAGAUGAAGUUAUUCCUCAUUAAUAAAUGUUUAGACUUUCUUAAGCUGCACAGAAUACAAGUUAAAAGUUUGAUUAUCACAUUCCUCAUGGAGAUCAUAACUCAAAUUGGAAUUAUGAUAGAAAUGAAUAUUUUGGUACUAUCCAAAAAUUCAUAAAUUCAACAUCUUAACUUUGAAUCGAACAUGAAAUAAUUUUUUUAUUUGUGCAAAAUUUAA